CGCAGCGCGACGCACGUACUUGGUGUCACGCGGCCGAAGUCCUUAUUAUUUUCUCCGCCGCACAUGAUACGAGUUUAUUUCGUACCGAUUGAUAUUAUUGUAAAUUCGUCGUCCGGGUCGGCAAUACGCAAAUUUUUUUUCCACCCUACCGUUUUCGCCGUACAGCAGGGACAGCUGCUGCCGGCACCAUAAUAAUAUUAUUGUUGCAGGACGGUACGAUAGUGACGAGAACGGAAAAUCAAAUUAAAUUAAAUCGCGAUCGUGUGUGUGUGUGUGUGUGCGUGUAUUAGCUAGGUGUUCGUGCGCGUGUUCCCUUGGUUCUUCUUGUUGUUGUUCUUCAUCUUCUGUUCAAAAUCAUAUUGAAUUGAUUUCAUAGAUUUCGGGCGGAAUUCGCAAACAUGGCAACUACAUUAACCGUCGCUGGGAUGUGUUGGGCGACACUUUCAUUAGCAGCAUCAUUCCUAUGCAGUUUUGGAUUCUACUUACCAUUUUGGAUACAGGGUCGAUUAAUGGACAAGGCUGACGCGUACUUCAGCUCGUUCCGAAGGUGCAACUACCCCAGACUCAUGUCAGACGGAACGGUGGCGCUCGUGCACGAGUGCGGCCGAUACGCCAAAUUCAACGACAUUCCAAGUGUAUGGUGGCAGAUAAGUACGAUUCUCAUUGGAGGUGCGACUGCAAUCACGGUGAUUGUGGCGGUAUCUGCUGUAUCUGCAUGUUGCGUGACACAUGUUAUCCAAAAGUCGACAGCCAAAGUCGCCGGAUACCUACAGCUGUUAGCUGCGGCUCUCGUGAGCAGUGGUGGUGCUAUUUAUCCGAUUGGCUGGGAUAAUAGAGAAGUGAAAGAGUCCUGUGGGAACAUAUCUGGACCAUAUAAACUAGGAACGUGUCAUCUGUCGUGGUCCGUGUACAUGCUGGGCUCUUCGGUUGCGCUGCUCUUGCUGUGCUUCUACCUGAGCUUCUACUCGUCCCGCGACAGCCCUGGAAGUUCAUUUCGUUCCAUCUGAUGAGUGCACGCUCAGGCCACAGCAUCCUCCUCCACACCCGACCCAGGAUACGCCGCUGGCCAUUAUUUCUGUCGCACGUGAAACGCACAUCGCCUGCAACCACCACAACGACAACGACGACGACGACGACGACGAAACGCAAUUCAAACCAACCAUUAUCGCUCAUUGUAAACUCUAAAACAAUAAUAAAUUAUAAUAUAUUAUAUCGUAUCGUAUUCGUCGAAAAUCAUAUUAUAACGGGUAGAUACACUUAUGAUAUUGUUAUCGCAUAAUCAUCAUCAUUAUUAUUAUUGUUAUUAUAAUAUUAUAUUUCAAUAACCGUCAGUAUAGUAACUUAUGACUGUACGAAACCAUCACCGAUCAUCGUUUAUUAUUUUUUUUUUUUUUUUGCAAUUUUUGGGUCUAAAUAAUAAAAUAUUGCAUACGUAUAGAGGUACCAUACCUACGAUGAUAUGUCGUUAUGAUAGGUAUUAUUUUGUUCUACGAAAAAUCACUGUGCAGCACAACGUGUUAUUGAAUAAUAUAAUAUUAUAUUAUAUUUAAUAGUUAUGACAAUAUUAUUCAUUCAACUAAUAUUAUAACGUAGUCUUAACUGUAAACGACGUAUCUAUGCGUAUACAUAACUUAGUAUUGUUUCGAUCGAUUUGUCGUACGGAUGAUAGCGAUUGACAACUGAAAAUAAUAUUAUUAAUGAUAUCAUAAUAAUAUAUUAUAUAUUAUAUUAUCGUUGUGUAAAUAUCUGUUAUUUUAAAUUUAAAUAUUUCAUUUGUAUCUGUAUUUGUAUUUUUUUUUUUUUUUUUGUUUGUAUGUUUUUGUAUGUUUGAUGAUAGGUCGCAUUAUUAUUGCAUUGGAUUACCUAUAUUUUCCCAAAUUAGAAAAAUACUGAAAAUGUAAAAAAUAAAAUAGUUAAAUUCAGCGUAAUUAAACGUAUAAACGGCUAGCAAACAAUAUAUUUAUGGGAGAACCAUCUAUAGUAGAGGAGAAAUUAUUAUUAUUAUUUAAUUGUUUAAAAUUUCUCGUAAUCGAUAUUAAACUGUUUAGUUUGUUUGUUUACUUGUACAUAUUUUUAUUAUUAAUUUGACUACAAUUUAUGUAAUUAUACAGCAUAUUAUGAUUCAAAAUAAUUCAUUUAAAAUAAAAACUUGAUUUCCAACUAAAUAAUUCCGAUUUGUACAAAUAACAUAACUACAUAAGUUUUUUUUAUUAUUUAAUAUUGUUGUAUAAUUAACUACUAUAGCUCAUCAAAAUAUUAUAGUGUAUCGUAUCAUUUCGUUUGAUCUAAAUAACUUAAACAUAACCUAUACUAAAAAAGUUAUGGUUUUUUUUUUUUUUUUAAAUGAGAAUUUGUUGUACAGCAUAAAUUAAUUUUUAAAUAAUAAUUAAACUCUUUCUUAUGUGUGAUGUUCACCGAUGAACCGGAUGAUCCGGAUGAACACAAAAUUAAAAUUGAUCAUAAUAUUAUUCACACAAUUAUUAUUCGGUAAACAUAAUAUAUAAUAUUAUAUAUUUAUAAUAAUAUAAAUACUAUAAUCUUUAGUGUCAUAAAAUAUAAUUCACGUGUCACAUACAAUUUGUCAAAUAUACGCAAAAAUAACCAUUGUUAUAAUAAUUACCUACUAUAAUAUUAAUAUUAAUAUGCAAUAUUUAAAUAAUUACUGUUGUAGAUACUCAUUGUAUAAUAUACUACAUACCUAAGUACAUAAAAAUUAGAGUUUAUGAAAGAUGUUUACAUUUUGUUUUAUCAUUAUUAUUUAAUAAAAUAAUAUGUUCUAAUUUUUUUUUUUUAACCAGUAGUAGUGAUAGAAAUAAUUGUUAAAUUUUUUUUUUUUUUUAAUUAAAGAAACAAAAUUGAAGAAUUUUUAUUCCAAUUCGACAUAUUAUAAUUAAACCGAGUUAAAAAAAAUAUAUUCAAGUAUUAAUAUUUGUAUCAUCGUUAUUAUUAAUUGUGUUUAAAUAUAUAAAACAAAAUACACGUUAAAUACAUUUAAAU